AUGGCCUGGCGAAAAGUGAAGGCUGGCUGGGUAAAACCGAAUAGAACCAACGCCUCUACAAGUGACAUCAUAUUUCAGGACAUAAGGCCUGCAGGAGAGUACAGUGAGAUAUUUAUCCAAUCAAAAACGUCGGAUAAUAGAACGAAAGAUAUUGGUGGAGACACCUGGAGGGUCUACCUACGUGGCCCAUCAAGCAUUGCGGCGACUAUUUUUGAUUACAGUAAUGGAACUUAUGAAGCUCUGUUUCUUAUCAUGGAGCCUGGUGUCUAUCAGCUAUUGGUUUACCUGGAUUAUAGUCUGUGCGAUGGUUUCAAGGACCCACCACGUGACUGGUUUAUUAUGGGGAACGCUCAAGGGAAAUUUCAGCGAGAGGGUCUUCUAGGCCCUCUAGAUGAUUACUUGCUACAGCCCCUUCAGAACGGAAGUUAUUUCGAGAUAAAAGUAACAAAAGCAGAGAUGAGCCUUUCAUUAGAUGACAAACUUCAUUCUCUGAAGCCUUGCUCCUCUACAUGCAAUAACUUGUGGGAUGGAUUUGGUCGGUGGAGGAAUGACACUUGGCGGCCCUACCUUGAAGAAUCAUACAACUGGUCCUUACCAGCAAACCAUAGCUCUUCUGGCACUUUCUGGGUGUACGGUGAUUCACUAGGGGUUCGCCUUUAUCAGCCAAUCAGCUCUCGAGCCCUUUGUAAGAAGCUGUACUUGAAAUGCAAAAACAGUUAUAACUGGCUCUAUCCAGUAACCAACGUACAAGAAAGCAGGAAGAAAAACGAUAGCCUCGACUUCCGCGCUGAGGAAGUCUUAAAGGCCAUUCGCGGAGUCCUUAAUACGACAGAAUUACAGCAAACUUCCAGUAUAUUACUUUUAAACCUUGGACUUCAUUAUCCUGUCAGCGUGAAUUUUUCAACUUUCCAGAAGGUCAUCGGAGAGGUCAUAAACUUGUUGAAAGAGACACAAGUCGACUCAAAAGGCAAAGAAGGUCUAAAGUAUAAGGCGAAGAUCAUUUGGAAAUCAACUACAGCUUUAUGUAAGCAUAAUGGAAAGAAAUUUAACCCAACAGAUAGCAGGUUUCUUACACCGCAGCGAGUUCUUUUGUUCAGCGCCUACGCCAUGUCAGCCAUGUGUCAAGCGGGUUUUGACGUCAUAGACGUGUACCCAAUGACAGAGUCGUAUCCGGGGGGUACGUUAGCUAAUGACGUCGUUCACUAUCCAAACAAAGUGUUUAGUGCCUUGGAAACGCUUUUCGAGAAGUAUACAGCAAACAGAAUUCAAAGAAUAGGAACGGAUGAUAACAAGAUUAGAAUUAGGCGAUGUACCAGCUGA